GACAGCAGCUGCAUGGCCGGGUUGCUAUUGGCCCGCCGCGCCGAGCCCCCGGCCGCCAUUGGCUUGCGGCCGCCGCCCCAACUGGAGGUCGCGUGCAACCGAGCCGCGGCCCCCAAACACACAUCCACGGAACCUCACAAUAACAUGGUGCGGAUGGGUAAGGUGCAGCUCAGUCCGGUGUUCGUGUUUAACGUGUGUGGUGAAAAGGCGAGUGAGGGAUAUAGCUUGAAACUGAGGUAAAAUCAACGUCGGGCCAGCGAUGGAGUCAGAAGAAACAAUGGUGUUGUCCCCGCCUUCCACCCCUCCGCCGGAACAAGAUAUGUGCUUCAAGAAAGUUGACAUGGAUGCCGUCAGGACUCUGGUAUCCAUGAACAUGAAGCUAACUAGUGACGUGUGCAAGAAGAGAAGACUAGAAGGUGAUGAGUUAGUCCCGAUCCAAGGUUUACUGACACCACAGCCAUCAGAUUCCGAGAGCGAAGAUUGCGAUCUCCCCAUCAGGAAGAGGCUCUGCAGAGAGGCUGCUUCUUCCAACAAGGUGUUGAGACCGAAGCCAGCACCGUCGUGCACGUCGAUGCCAGUGUCCGUCAUCAUGAAGGCGAACAAGGACGGCACUUGUUCUCCGAGGCCAUUCGCGAGGGAGAUAACGGCGCGAGACGACACCGUGCAGGAACGGCGCAGCGUGUGCAACCCGAGCAAGACGGCGCAGCCGAUGGCAGAGGAGAACAUCCUGAAGAGCCUCAAGUACAAGAUGAGCAGCCGCAAGGAGAGCAUCUUCGUGCACAGCAAGGACACGAACCGGGAAGGCGCCGGCAGGAGGAGCGGGCCGGACGCCGGCAGCCCCGUGGCCAUCGCGCCCAAGCCGCGCUCCGUGUUCCCGGUGGCGGCCGAGGGCGGGCCCCAGCCGGCCGUGAUCCUGGCGGGCGGCGGCGUGGCGCACAUCGUGCUGUCGCGGCCCCCGGCCGGCGGUUCCUUCCUGGUGUUCGCGGCGCCGGCCGGCGAGCAGCCGCCCCCCGCCGACACGCGCCGCCGCAUCUACGAGUGCAAGUACGAGGGCUGCCGCAAGAACUACUUCAAGUCGUCGCACCUCAAGGCGCACCUGCGGACCCACACCGGCGAGAAGCCGUUCGUGUGCCAGUGGGCGUGCUGCGGGCGGCGGUUCUCGCGCUCGGACGAGCUGUCGCGCCACAAGCGCACCCACACGGGCGAGAAGAAGUUCGGCUGCGGCGAGUGCCAGCGGCGCUUCAUGCGCUCCGACCACCUGGCCAAGCACGUGAAGAGGCACGCGCGCGAGCAGGCCGCGGGGCGCGCGCCCCAGACGCCGCUGCAGUUCGGCCUCGUGCUGUCGGGCGCCCUGCCCGUCGCCUGAGCCCCUCCCUCCUCCUCACCCAGUCCCCUUCCACCAACAAGCCACCUGUGAACAGCACCGAUGGAAUUACAAGCGUUGCUGUAUUUCGCCACCCCUUAAGUAAAGUAUACCAUGCAUUUUUUUAUGAAAUAGAAUUAGCACCAUAAGUUUAGUAUACAUUUUUCACUCUAUAGUGGUAUGGCAAAAAUAGACAUGUCGGGUAACAAGAAUAAAAAAAUUUUGGUGACUCCUAGAAACAUAACCAUAAAAUGUACCAACAACAAUAUUUUGAGCAGGUAACAUAGUGUCCAUUUUUUUAAAAUAGGUUCCCAUUUGGCCAGGCUGAGUUCGUAAAGAAUUGCAAUUUGCGUUAUGUUACGAGGCUAACUUUUUUCAGAAUAUAAUGUCCUUGCAGGCAGGGUUGCAGCAAGGGAUGCACACUUGAUGGUGUUCAGGACAAACCUUUUUUUUUCUUGGCAGCCUGAACAAAUAUUUCACAAAAGAAGAAUAAAAUUAAAUAAUGGUAUCUGGAGUCUACUAAAAACCUGUGGAAUUGAGAUGCAGCCAUGCUUGCAGAACUACUUGAAAAUACGGUUAGUCUAAAAAUAAUUAUCAAGCUGUUAGAAUUGGCUUUCAAGUGUCAAAUCCUGCAAUUUUUUUUUGUGUUGAGGAUGCACUUCAUGUGUGGCCAUUUUUGUCAAAAAAAAAUUUUAUUGGGCCUUUUUUGAGUUGUGUUUAACUGUGUAAGUAUAUCACCACGGGGAUGUGGUAUCGAUGUGAGGGUUGAUACUCUUGUUUCCAACAUCGAUGCCUGCCUCUUAAUGUUAUACCUCACAUUUACAUGAUUAAAACUAUGAUUUUUGUUUUUAUUAUUUCCCCGCUACCACCCCCACAAGAUUUUAUAUGUAAUAUAUCUUUCAAAAGAAAUUAUAUUUAGAUUUUUUACAUCUGAAACACAGUCCAAACAUAUUGCAUAACAGUGCUGAGCUUUAUUGUGUUAUUAAUGUAAAAUUGUUCUACAAUAUUUCUGUGUCAAAUCAGCUUUUAUGUGUUUAGUCACAAAAGUUAGCAGAUAUUGGGAAAUCAGCAUUGUGCAGUUACAAAUUGUAAGUUUGCCAGUUAACAUUCCAAAGUUCAGUUUAAGAAAAUAUUAAACAUCUUAAAAAAAUAUUUCAAGUACUGCAAUUUUUUUAACAUACAUUUUUAAAGUAUUUAUUUUUAGGGAGAACUGAUUUUUUAAGCUGUAAAAAUUGGAGCUUUCUUCUGAAAAUUCAGUAUAACAUUGCAAGAGCCAGCUUAUGCUCUAGUCUGAAAAACAAAUUAUGGAAUACAUUGUAGUAAGAUUAGUGAAAUAUGUUUCAAUAAGACGGUACACAUGGGAUGCAAUUAAUUUUAUACUGUAGUUGGUGGAAUUCAAAGCAUUGGGGCUUUGAAUAUGUAAAUAUACAUUCAUUAUGUAAAUAAUACAUACAUUUAUGAACUGUAUGAAUCAAGACUGAGUAUAAAUCAAUUUUUGAGGUUUUGGUCUGUUUCUAUCCAGUCCUUGUCUUUGUAAAAGUAAAUUAAGACCCUAUGCUAAACUACUGAUGAUUAACAGGGUAUUAUUUUCAAAUGUGUAAUCAUAUUUUGGUAAAACUAAACAUAGUGUGAAUAACAUGAAACAAUCAAUGUUCAAAUUUAUCUGUGAUAUAAAUAGUUGCCACAUAAUUUGCUCGAAUGAAUUUUUGAAUAAUUUUGUAAAUGCUUAAUGCUUCUGCUUCUGGAAAUAUUUGUGAAUUUUUUUACUGAAACAGUGUUUUGUGUACAUAAUGGAGUAAAGUGUAAUUAUUAAUUAUUGUGUUGAUCAUUAGUGAAAAGAAGUUAACAAGUGUUAAUUUCUUAAACCUGAAGGUUUCAAGAUUUCAUCAGACAUCUUGACUUGUAUAUACAUCACAUGUAUUUUGAGUAAGUGUAAUAUGUUAUUUUAAUAAAAUAUGUGAAACAAGAAUACAGUUUUU